AUGAGCAUUAAUGCGGAUCCCUAUGGCCUACCAGAGGGUGGGACUACGACGACUGGACAGCUGGUCCUGACUGUUGCCCAAAGUGGUUCUGAUAAUGGUCUCAAAUGCUUUGAGACCCUGGUCAAGGUGGUCUGCAACGCAGUUGACAAGCCAACUGAGCUUCGGCGUGGCGCCGAUGGAGCUGAUCAGGUGGAUGCCGUGCCUGCCUGUGCAAUGCUUCUGCGGAGACUUGGCUUCAAGGACAUUGGCGACCGGUACAGCCUGCAGAUGACUGGACUGCGGUCUGGUGAGGUUGCUCGUCUCCAGGUCGCUUUGAAUGACUUGCCUCACUGCAGUGAUCUUGUGAUCCGCUUGGCGCCGGUGAUCGAAGCCCUGGGACUUCACUGGAAAAAGCCCGAUGGGACUUCAACCUUCAUGCCAGGUCCAACGUAUCGCGAGCGGCAUGACUUGCCACACGGUGAAGGGUCCAGAGGCUACUGGAAUGGGAGUGCUGAGAGGCCUGGGAACAAUCCACCAGACCUUCCAGCACCUGCGGAAGAUGAGGAGGAUGCUGAUUUGCAGGAAGCCCUGCGGCUAUCCAUGAUCGAAAGCUAG